AUGCACGGUGACCAAGCGCUCCAGCUCGUCACGAUCGCGCACCGUUCGACUCUCGCGACGGCUCCACAACUCCCCAUCCCAAAAUACUCCCAAAAGCUCGUCCUCGACAUCUGCCUCGAAACACGCCAGCUCGGCGACGCCAUCGCGCACGCAACAGCCUCAGUCGAGAACCUGACCCAAGACCCGGCCCUAAUCUGCGCCCUCACCAUCAAACACCUCGCGGUCCGGCGCAACAAACGCUGCCUCCUUGCGUAUCUCCACACCCGCAUUGGGGGGAUCAAGGAACGGUGGUGGGACGCUGGCGGCGCACUCGCACAUCUCCUCGCACCAUUUGAUGCGUCCUCAACACUAGGGGUUGGGAAUAGUACGGGCGACCCCGACGCGCCGGAUUUGCGGAGUGCACUCAGCCAGCAGGAGCUCGACCUUAUGCGCGAUUACUCGAGCCUCGUGCUCGAUUAUAAGAGCGACUUUCUCGAUGUGCUCGAUAUUGCCGCGCCGAUUGGGCGGCCACCUGGAGAGUUGUUUGUCGACGUGCGCGUCGUGAGAGAUGCGGGCGAAAUCGUGCUCGAGAACGGGGCUAGAUUCGAGUUCACCAAGGGAUCGCGGUUCUACCUCGAACGUGCGCUUAUCGAGCGCCUCAUCGUACAGGGAUACCUCGAAGAGAUGUAG